AUGCUUCACCCAGAGACUGGAAUUGACGCUUGGCUGCGCUACGCCCCUCUAUCCGAGGGCUUGCGCAGCCUUCAUAAGCCAGUUUCCAGCAUCAUUGCUCUGAGUACCAACCCAUCAAGUCCAGUCUUUGUCGCGGGAGAGGAGCUUCAAUGUGGCCUCGAACGUAUCCUCAGACAAAGCGUACAAGUUGAAUCUCGCCUUGACGCUGACUCUGGACGUUCAAUUAUAGUCGGCACUUUGUCAACACUGCAGGCGAAUGGAGGCGAUCGCCUCCUUCAGUCGGUACCUGCUCUUGAUGAAGAUGGGUUUUGGCUUGACAUAAAUGUUGACGGAAGCAACGGCAUUCACAUUGUCGGCCAAAAUGAGCGUGGAGCUAUUUAUGGAGCAUUCGAAUACCUCUCUCUCCUUGCACAGGGGAAACUGGCCAAGACCAAUGUCCAACUGGCAUACAAUCCCGGAGCGCCUAUCAGAUACGUCAAUGAAUGGGACAACCUUGACGGCAGCAUAGAAAGAGGCUACGGAGGGAAGUCCAUAUUUUUCCGUGACGGCGAGGUCUUGAAGGACUUGUCUCGCGUUCGCCAAUAUGCUCGAUUAUUGGCCUCAAUCCGCAUCAAUGGCUGCAUUGUGAACAACGUCAACUCGAGCCACAAUCUUCUCAACGAAACUAACCUCGAUGGGCUGGGUCGAAUCGCCGAUAUAAUGCGUCCCUACGGAGUACGUAUUGGCGUUUCACUUUUCUUCGAUACUCCUCGAGGCCUCGCGGGUCUGCCAACAUCAGAUCCCCUUGAUCCUGAUGUCAUCAAGUUCUGGGAGGAUAUAACGGCCAAACUGUACAAGCGUGUCCCAGAUAUGCUUGGAUAUACCAUCAAGGCCAACUCAGAAGGUCAACCGGGUCCUCUGACAUAUAGUCGCACACUUGCACAGGGAGCCAACAUGUUCGCCCGUGCCUUGAAACCUCACGGUGAUGGCAUCGUUAUGUAUCGAGCUUUUGUUUACAACCAUCACCUGGAUGAGUCCGAUCUCAAGAAUGACAGAGCCAACGCCGCGGUUGAGUAUUUCGCUCACCUUGAUGGCGAGUUCGAAGAUAAUGUCAUCAUCCAGAUCAAAUUUGGUCCAAUAGACUUCCAGAUUCGUGAGCCCCCCUCGACUCUGUUCGCCAAUCUCCGGAAGACUCCCGUCAUCUGUGAGUUCAUGGUGUGUCAAGAGUAUCUGGGUCAGCAGUCACAUUACGUGUACAUGGCCCCAGAAUGGGAGACGAUUCUCGGCUUCGACAUGCGUAUUGACGACAAGCCUUCGCUUGUAAGAGAUAUCGCCUCUGGCAAGGUCCAUGGUUUGAACAAGGGCGGUUAUGCUGCAGUGACCAACAUUGGGGAUGACCCUACAUGGCUGGGACACCAUCUGUCUAUGUCAAACCUGUAUGCAUACGGUCGAUUGUGCUGGGACGCGGCUAUUCCAGCGCAGAAUAUCCUGCUGGAUUGGAUUCGCCUGACAUUUACUGCGGAGAAUCAGAAGGUGAUAGACACCAUCCGCGAGAUUGGAAUGGAAUCAUGGCCUACAUAUGAAGCCUACAGCGGUAAUCUCGGGAUCCAAACCCUGUGCGACAUCCUCUACACGCACUACGGCCCUAGCCCGGGUUCACAAGAUGGAAACGGCUGGGGCCAAUGGACUCGUGCCGAUAGCAAGGCACUCGGCAUGGACCGCACAGCAGCCACUGGGACGGGUUAUGCAGCUCAAUAUCCACCUCAGGUCGCUGCUCAGUUUGAGAGUAUCGAGACAACGCCAGAUGAUCUACUUUUGUGGUUUCAUCACGUUCCGUAUACGCACAAGCUUAAGUCUGGUAAAACCGUAAUCCAGCACAUAUACGAUGCCCACUACGAAGGCUCCGCAAAUGCUCAGACAUUUGUGACGAGGUGGGCAGCUCUGAAGGGCCUGAUAGACGAAACUCGGUUUGAGCACGUUACCUUCAAGCUUGCGUAUCAAGCAGGCCACUCACUCGUCUGGCGUGACUCGGUGAACAACUUUUAUCUGGCCAAGUGCGGCAUCCCGGAUGACAAGAACCGCGUCGGGAACUAUCCGUGGCGUAUAGAAGCCGAAAGCAUGCAGCUAAAUGGCUACACCAUUGUUGGCGUGACGCCUCCAGAAGCAGCGUCUGGUGGUCGUGCCAUCGUAGCAUCAUCGUUGGAAAAGGCUGUUGCAACCACGACACUAACGUUCCCCUCAAGAAGGUAUGACAUUGCUGUCAACUAUUUUGAUCACACUGGUGGGCAUGCACGGUAUGAGGUUCUUCUAGAUGGAAAGGCUGUCGGAGAGUGGACAAGUGACCUUGACACACGGCUCGGCCAUGACUUUUCAGAGUAUCUAGACGGACAUUCAGCCACGAGAGUUUACUUCCGUGGUGUUGACGUCCGAGAGGGUUCCGAGCUGACAGUGAUCGGUCACGCAGAUGGAAAAGACAUGGCAUCACUUGAUUAUAUCUCGGUUUUACCGGAAGGCGUGGUGGAUUGA